UUUCUGCGAUAUAAUUCCGGAUAUAUUUGAAAUUCAUUCACAUUUCAUCUCAAGAACUCACUCUCGAUUGCAAAAAAGAACAAGGAGAAGAAGAAGAAGAAGAAGAAGAAGAAGAAGAAGAAGAAGAAGAAGAAGAAGAAUUCGCACUUGCCAUGAUGCUUGGCCGCACAGUGAAGAAGACGAGCAAGUUCGAGGACUCGGACACUGCCAUGGCGAAACCGGCCAGGGCCGUGUUUGAGAUGCCGCACCGGACGUCGCCGCGCGUGCCGGUGCGCGUGAAGAUGGCGGCGGCGGUCGCGGCCGGGUCGGAGCACCACCGCGCUGCCGGCGCCGGCCGAGGCACGUCGCCGCGAAGCCCAUUGCACGAGAAGAAGCCAGCGGGUGGCGGCGUGGCCGGGUCGACGCGGGUGGCGGAGCUGGAGGCGAAGCUGGGGAAGGCGGAGGGCCAGCUCUCCGAGAUGCGCGAGCAGCUCGCGGCGGCGGAGAAGGCCAGGAAGGACGCGCGCGCCGCUCUCGUGGAGGCCAAGAAGCGGUUCUCCAUCAAGAAGCGAGACGUCCCCGGCGCCGCCACCGCCUCUUCGCCGCCUGUCGUCGGAGACGAGGCGGCCAAUGCGCAGGCGGCGGAGCAGAAAUGCGGCGUGGUCUCGCCGGCCGGCGAUGUCCCAGAGGCUGCCACCGCGGUGGGCGACGGCGCCACCCAGGUUGAGGAGACCAAGAACACUGCUGCUGAUGAUGACGUGAACAGCGUCACCGCCAUUAUUGACGAUCUCGAUAGGAACAAGGGAAGCCAGCAGGAGGUCGAACAUCUGAGGGCGAAGCUGAUGGUGAAGGACUCGGAGGUCUACGAGCUGAAGGCGAAGCUGAUGGCCAUGGAGGCCGAGGCUAACGAUCUCCGGGCGAACUUGGCUACGAAGGACAGGGAGCUCGACGAGCUGAGGGGGAAGCUAAUGUCAAAGGACGCUGACAUCGCCGCCGUCGAAGCCGACAACGCGGAGCUCAUGAGGAUGGCGGAGGAGGCCUCCCAGGCCAUGAAGGAGACGGCCAUGAAGGCGCGGGAAACCGAGCACGCGCUGAGGGAGAGUGCGGCGCGGGAAGCCCGGCUCGCCGAGCGCCUGAGGGCGUCGGAGCUCGUGCGGGAGGCCGUCGAGGCCGAUAUGCAGCGCUGCCGCGCGCAGAGCGAGCAGUGGCGCAAGGCGGCCGAGGAGGCCGCCGCGGUGCUCGGCGCGGUGGAGCACAGCGCCGGCGCGCGCGGCGUCCUCGUCGACGUAGAAAAGCGGCGCCACGGAUCGGCUGCCGGCGCUGGCGAGAGGAUGGCCAAGGACACGGACGAACACCAGGGCUCCGGCGGGAAGCGGAAGGCCGGCGCGAGCGGCGGCGCCAUGCGGAUGCUCAGCGACUUGUGGAAGAAGGGGCAGAAGUGAUCGUGUGCGAGAGAUUUGGAAUUCAGAAAUUCAUCAGCUUUAUAUAUGCUUCAGUUUAAUUUACUUGUUUAAUCUUGUUUAAUUUAAGACGUGUUUGGCCAAAAAAAAAGUAAAUUAAAUUUGUGUUUUAAGUGUACUACUGGGUGCCUAGAAUAAGUGAACAUACUGCAUUCUGCAUAAAUAUGUAACAUUAUUGUUGAGUUUUGUUUAUUAUUGGUAUUUAUCAAACGUCCUUUU